AUGGCUAUCCCAAGAGAGUCAGUGAUGUCCUCUGGAAAUGGAUACAGCGGAGAGGAGGGCCACAGGACGAGAAAUACCCAACUACGAUGGCCCUCUCUGACACAUAUCCCACCCCACAACAUGUCGAGAGGCGAUCCCCCUUCUCCUCCUCCAGGCCCACCCCCAAGUCCUUCCGGGGGGUUUGCCGUGGCAAUUGAAGAGAUAGCAAUAUGGUAUGUAAUUUGAGGAACCAUAAGACGGAUCCAAGAAAUGACACCCGCUAACAAAUAACACAGAACACAAAGACUCCAAGAGGGACACCAAGAUCCUCAUAGAGUCAUAGAUCGGCGUUAUAGUGUGUUUUUGGGACGAAAACGGAGUUAGAAACAUGGGCAAGAAUUGGAAUAUUUCAGCACAAUCACCAACUUUGCGAAAGGGCAACAGGACAACCUGCAUGAUCGUUGGGAUUUUGGGAGAUCAUUUUCAAAGAAAUGAGUAUUCUUCACCGGCCGAACGAAAAGAUGAAGGCUGGGAUAAUAAGCAACGAUAUACGUUGGUAAUAGAUCAAUCAUAAUUUGGCGUUCGACUUCUUCACCAAGCCUCCAUUCUCAAUAUCGAAAUCUUUUCCCCUUUUCCAACCAAGCCAUUGCGACAAGGUGUCUUCCCCGCCUUGGCCGGGAUAUAAUGCAGUACCAGUGUAACUACCACCAUCUACCCCAGUACCUUGUCCCGUGGAAGGAUCUCGGUUGCUUGUGGAAUCCGGGGAGAGAGCAAGACUUGGGGUUUCUCGAAGAGUGACGGCUGGUCUUUGAUCCCCUUCUCUAUUCGGAUCUUGUUCUAACUCGAUAUUGUCCAAAACUGGUGUGCAACAUGCAUCCGUUUUAUCGAAUAUUUGCUCCCACUCUGAUCUUGUUUUGCUCAGGAAAAUCUCGGUGAAACUUUCUUUCAUGGCAGGCCAAGUAUUCCUAUCUUCUCGAGUCUCUUCAAUUCCCUUUCCACCAAGUCCCAGCCCCUUGAGUAAGAGCGUAAAAAAUUGAGGCUCGAGUGCUCCCACUGCCAUGUAUUUUCCAUCCUUGGUCUCAUAAGUAUCGUAAUAAGGACAUCCACUAUCCAACGUAUUCUCUCCUCUCGGACGAGACCACAAAAGAGUUUUCGUCAACAUCCGGGGGAACGUAAUUAAAUAAGCGCUUCCAUCAACCAUAUUUGCUUCCACGACCUGGCCUUUACCACUCUUUUCUCUAGCAAUCAAGGCCAAUAAAAUGCCUUGGAACAAAGUCGCUCCACCCCCUGCGAAAUCACCCAAGACAUUCGCAGGUGGCAGUGGCUUCUCUCCUUUCCGUCCAAAGAUUGACAAUGCUCCUGAAACGGCAAUAUA